AUGUCGAGGUCAUCUGAAGCCUUCGAUAGUCCGUUAAGUCUUCAAUCCUCUGAUUAUCCAGGUUUGAUGAUUGUUGCUCAUACUCUAGAUGGAACGAACUACAAUAGCUGGGCUAUAGCGAUGAGGAUUAGUCUAGAUGCUACGAAUAAACUUAGUUUUAUCGAUGGAUCCUUACCUAGACCAUGCGAGAGUGAUUACGAUUUCAAGAUCUGGAGUAGAUGCAAUAGUAUGGUGAAAUCAUGGAUUCUUAAUGUUGUGAGUAAGGAGAUAUAUGAUAGUAUUCUCUACUAUCAAGAUGCUGUUGAGAUGUGGAACGAUUUGUUUACAAGGUUUAAAGUAAACAAUUUACCAAGGAGAUAUCAGUUAGAACAAGCCGUGAUGACUCUGAGGCAAGGUCAGCUUGAUUUAUCCAGCUACUUCACAAAGAAGAAGACGUUGUGGGAACAGUUAGCUAACACGAAGUCCAGGACUGUGAAGAGAUGUGAUUGCGAUCAGGUCAAAGAGUUACUUGAAGAAGCUGAUACAAGUCGAAUCAUACAGUUUCUCAUGGGAUUGAAUGAUGAUUUCAACAAUAUCAGGAGCCAGAUAUUGAACAUGAAGCCUCGACCAGGAUUGAAUGAGAUCUACAACAUAUUGGAUCAAGAUGAGAGUCAUAGAGUAGUAGAAACCAAAGUGUUCCCAUUGUUCUCGCAUUGGACAUUUGCGGAUAAGUGCUACAAGCUGCAUGGAUAUCCUCCUGGUCAUCCAAGGGCGAAGAAGAACAACUAUGUGGGAAGCACAAAUCUAGCUAGUGCUGGUCAGAUAGAAGAGAGUAAGGAUCAAGCCAAGGAGAUUGUCAAUGAUGAUAUAUCGAAAGAACAACUCCAACAGAUGAUUUCUUAUUUGAGUUUUAAGCUUCAGUCUUCUAGCGUCACUUCAUGCCCUGAGAAAGCCAUAGCUUCGACUUCUGCCUCCGUACCAACUAUCUCACAGAUAUCUGGUAUAUUUCUCUCUUUAUAUGAUUUCACUUUCUAUGAUAUGUUAACUUCCUCUAUACCUCAUGAAACUGAGUUGUCUUUUAGAGCUUGGGUUAUAGAUCAAAGGCUAGUCAUCAUGUCACUCAUGAAGGAAAUCUCUAUAGAGAUUAUAAACCCUUAG